UUCAGCUUCUCGGAUUGUUGAACUUCUACCUGGAACAAAAACAGAGAUUCCAACCUCAAGAAAAAGGGCUGAGCUUGAUGGAGGCUACCCCAGAGAAUGAUAACACUUCAUGUUCAAGACUGAAAAAUGCCAAAGUACAAGAUUUAAGAAGUUUAACUAACUUUUUUGGAUCUUGCACUGAAACUUUUGUUCUGGCUGUCAAUAUUUUGGAUAGAUUCUUGGCUCUUAUGAAGGUGAAGCCGAAGCAUUUGCCUUGCAUUGGAGUCUGCUGCUUUUUGUUGGGAGUUGGAAUGGUGGAAGAAGAGUGCAACGCCCCACCCACUCAUGAUAUGAUCUGGAUCAGUCAGUGUAAAUGCACAGCUUCCGACAUUGAACGCAUGGAGAAGAUAAUCUCAGAGAAAUUGCACUACGAGUUGGAAGCUACUACUGCCUUAAACUUUUUGCACUUAUACCAUGCAAUUUUAUUUUGUCAUAUUUCAGAAAGGAAGGAAACACUGAGCCUCCAUAAGCUAGAAGCCCAACUGAAAGCUUGCAGCUGCCGGCUUGUCUUUUCAAAAGCAAAACCAUCUGUAUUAGCUCUGUGCCUUCUCAAUUUGGAAGUAGAAACAUUAAAAUCUGUUGAAUUGCUAGAAAUCCUCCUUCUUGUAAAAAACAUUUGAAGAUCAGCUACUAGAAAUUCUUUUAUUGGAGGGAAUUGGUUUCUAAAUGCCUAGCAGAGUAUUCUUUUCCUGAAUGCUGCAAACCUGAUCUGAAGAAGCUGGUUUGGAUUGUCUCAAGGCACACAGCAUAAAACCUGCACAACAGCUACGAUAGUGUUCCAGAGCUGACCACCAUCCCAGA